UGAUCCUUGCCGAUAAUGCAUUUCGUCGGGCGUCCCAGUCCCAGGCGAGGCGCGGUUGCGGGCGGCGCAAGGGCGGCGGCGCCGGGCGGUCGGUCUGGGGGGAGCGGUGGCGCGGGUGCGGAGGCGGGGGUCACGCAGGACGGAGGCUCCUCGGUGGAUGGCGGCGCCCAAAGCCGUGCCUGCUUGGGGAGGCGUCAUCGGAGUUCUUUUCCAGAUGAAAGGGAGCCAAAACUAGGCCGUGUGAGUGCUUAUGAGGAAUCGUUGAAAAAAUAUGUUGAUAACAAGUCCAAUGUUGUUAUCAAUCCAGCAGUAGGCAUGUCUUUCGACUCCCGUGCUGAUGCAUUUGACUUCUGCAACUUGUAUUCCUGGGAGCUGGGGUUUGGAAUACGAUGGAAUAACAGCACUAAUGAUGCAGAGGAAAGUGUUACGGUGCAAGAGAUAGUCUGCAGCUGCGAGGGCAAACCGGAGCUGUCCAGUGCUGCAUCAGUGAGAACUGAUUGCAAGGCUAGGAUACAGCUGCACAAAUCUGAUGACAAUGGAUGGUACAUCCUGGAACUCCGAGGUGAUCACAAUCAUCCCCUUUCUGGGGCAUGCAGUGAAAGCUUGAUUUGGCCUUCCCACAACCAUCUCGAGCCCUACACCAAGGGUAUGGUAUGCCAUCUUAGGGAUAGCAAUGUUGAUCUUAGUAAGACGCGCUAUUUCAUUUAUAGCUUUUUCGGGGCCAUGAAGAAAGUCCUGUUCAAUAAGUGGGCUUUGAAGUCGUUAUGUGAGUCUAUAACCACAGAACUCGAACUCCCAGAAGAUUAUGUAUGCAAGACUCUUGAGUUGUUUGAUGGCUUUGGUUCGUUGAGGAGGGAUGAUCCAAGCUUCCAAUUUCGUGUUGAGUUGGAUUAUACUACGAGCCAGUUUAAGACAGUGUUAUGGACGAAUGGGCGUAGCAGGAUGCAAUAUGCACAGUUCGGUGAUGCUAUAACAUUUGAUACAACAUAUAGAAGUAAGCUGUAUGACAUGCCUUUUGGCUUGUUUGUUGGUGUUAAUAAUCAUUACCAAAGUGUCAUACUAGGAGGAGUGCUGAUGCGACAUGAGACAGUUGAAAGUUUCAAAUGGGUGUUCCGUGAGUUUGUUACUUUGAUGGGGGGUAAAGCUCCAAGUACUAUUCUCACAGGCCAAUGUAAUGUGAUGGAGGUUGCAAUCCAGGAGGUGCUACCAUAUACGACUCACAGAUGGUGUAAGGUGCAUGUGCUGAGCAAGGAGAAUGAAUUCCUUGGGCCGAUUUGCUCAAAGAAGAGUGGAUUUAAGGAUGACUUCCAAAAGAUCACUGAUAGCAUGCUGACUGUUAGAGAGUUCGAGUCUGCUUGGAAGCAUCUUCUAGACAAGUACAACUUGCAUGGGAAUGCAUUCCUUUCUCAGAUUUAUGAUUCUCGACAUAAAUGGGCGAAGCCCUACUUUAAAGGGAAGUUCUGUGCCAAACAGACUAGUAUGCAAAGAAAUGAGUGCGCGAACCACAUGUUUAAGGGCUAUGUGCCACGGAAUAGAUCUAUCAACAUGUUUGUACGACACUACAACGAGCUCCAAUCUUAUCUUGAGUCAAAGGAAAGCUUCGAGGAGAGUAGGAGUGGGAAGAGGCCCAGAGUUAUGAGCAAGGGAGUUCCAGUUGAAGAGCAUGCGGCAAAGAUCUAUACAAGGGCUAUGUUUGAAAAAUUUGACGAAAUAAUUUUCCAGUCUGGUUCUUAUGUGGUGGAUGAAAAGGAGAGAGGGAAGGCAUAUUUAGCAAGGCACAUCAGGAGUGACUGCCGGGAGAGUUGGUCACAGGUGGAGUUUGAAGUUACAAUUAGGGCUGAAGAUGGUGCGGUUGUUUGUGAGUGUGGAUUGGGGGAGCACUUGGGGAUACCUUGCUGCCAUGCUGUGAACGUGAUGAUACACUUGGGAAUGCUAGAGAUUCCAGCUGGAAAUAUUGUGGAGCGCUGGACGAUGCAUGCAAGGGAUAAUUUGCCUGCUCAUAUGAUUGAGCUUGAGAAUGAUAAGGCAGCAGAGAGCUCAGAGUCGUAUAGACAGUCAGAGUUGUUCAUCCAAGCCUUGGAGUUUGUGAAGUCUUGUUCCAGGAGUGAUUGGACUUUUGAAAUAGGGUUGGCAGGUAUGGUGCAACUUGAGCAGGAGCUUUUGGAGCUGAAUCAAGUUAAGGAUGUUUCUGGGUUGUCCGGACAGUGCAGCCAUCCUGCCGCCCAAGGUUCUGAUGUGCAAGGCAUGUCUGCUGCAGCUACAGAUGAUGCUAAGAAACAGCGAUAUGAAGCAGAGGCACACGAUCUUAAAUGCAAGAUGGUGAAGCGUACCUAGGCAAAGGGCCCCAAUAGAUGUCAAAUCUUUUGUGUGUGUGUGUGUUGGGGGGGGGGGGGGGGGGGCAUAGGAAGGUAGCAACUUGCAACUCAUUGAGGAACAAUGUGAGUGGUGGGUGUUUGGUUGUAAGAUAACUGAAUUCCGGUUGUCGUGGCCGCUCGGUAGGAACUCAGUGAGACUGGACCCUGGUCCUUUUCUUCUGCUCAUGUCUUGUAAAAUGUCAGCGACGCCGAAUCCUGACAGUGCUCGGCUGCAUGGCAUGCGAAACUACCAUGUUAUCGUUGUAAUGCUUCGGUCUAUGUAAGCUGCCAUCCACCUCUGAUGUGCACAUUCGGUACAGUGGACAUUCGAUUUGCGGACGCUGCUGUCAUGAGUUCUGUGCGCAUUUGGUAACUGUCUUAUUCUGAUA